GAAGCUACACCGCUCGCUGCUCAACGAGGCUGAAAAAAAAUUGAAGAAGCAAGGAUUGAUCCACCCUUGGUAUGUACAGGAAAAACGUUUCACCGCUCGCUCCAUUUUCGUUGCACGACAUAUGCGUCCUGCAUGUAUGUCUCAAUCACGACAUAAAAAAAAGCAUACUUUUUUCUUUUCUCCAUGUCAGCGUUGCAAUCGCUUGCGUGCGUGCGUGCGUUAUCGACGUACCCCUCCUUCCCUGAGUGCGUGCAGUUCUGAGGCGGUGGUUUAUUUAUGCCUCUAUUCAGGCGGGACCGGGUUAAUUGAUCACACGGCCUCGACUUCGAAUUCCAAGAUUACAUGUCAGAAAGCCAUUGAGUAGCCUGUCGGAAGUUGGGCAAAUGGUAGGGUGGAGUUUUCGUUCCUGAAAUGUUUCGUGGAUGGUAUGAAACGAGCGAGAAGGGUGUUGAGGAU